AUUAAGAUGGAGCUGCAGGCGGUGCUGAUGGCUGCUGGUGGUGGGUCGCGCAUGAUGGACCUGACCUACAACACCCCGAAACCUUUACUGCCUGUGGGCAACAAGCCGCUCAUCUGGUACCCGCUCAACCUGCUGGAGAGAGCCGGCUUUGAAGAGGUCAUAGUGAUCACCACCAAAGAAGUGCAGAAGGCACUGAGCAUGGAGCAGCGAGUGAAGCUGGAUGUGAAGAUGAAGCUGGACGUGGUGUGUAUCCAGGAGGAAGCGGAUAUGGGGACUGCCGACGCCCUACGACACAUUCAGCAGAAGAUCAAGACGGACAUCCUGGUGGUGAGCUGUGACCUGAUUACGGACGUGGCGCUGCAUGAGGUGGUGGAUCUUUUCCGAGCCCACAAUGCCACGCUUUCCAUGCUCAUGAGCAAAGUGCAUGAAUUCACAGAGACUGUCCCCGGGCAGAAAGGAAAGAAGAAAGCAGGAGAGCAGCGGGACUUUGUGGGAGUGGAUGGCACGGGGAAGCGGCUCCUCUUCAUGGCUAACGAAGCGGACCUGGAGGAAGGGCUUGUCAUCAGGAAGGCCAUCAUGCGCAAACAUCCCAGGAUGCACAUCAAGACAGGCCUCCUGGACGCCCACCUGUACUGCUUUAAGAGAUCCGUGGUUGACUUUUUAGUCGACAACAAGUCCAUCUCUUCGCUGCGGGGGGAGCUGGUGCCAUAUCUGGUGCGUAAGCAGUUCACGAAAGUCUUAAACGACCAGACGGAUGACAAGCAGACAGAACAGAAUCAGAAGAUGAAAGAUGCAAGCUCUUCCCUAGAGAUCUUGAGCUCCUCCAAAGAUGAGGGGCUACUGGAGCUUGCGCGAGAUCGCUCCUGCUGGAAUGAUCAUCGUGGAGACAUGAGCGAGGCGUACCAUGGCUCAAAGCUCCGCUGCUAUGUGCAUAUCAUGGAGGACGGCAUGUGUUACCGCGUCAACACGCUGGCCGCGUACGUGGAGGCCAAUCGCGUGGCUCCCAAACUGGUCGAAGAGCCUCCAGUUCACCCGUCUGCUGUGGUGUCUGAGAGAAGUCUCGUCGGAGGUGACAGCAUCAUCGGCGCGUUCAGCCAGAUAGCAGACAAAACAUCCAUCAAACGCUCAACCAUCGGCGCGUCCACCACAGUCAAGGAGAAAGUCAAGAUAACGAACUCUAUCAUCAUGAAUGGUGUCACUAUUGAAGAAGGGUGUAACAUUCAAGGCAGUGUGAUCUGUAACAACGCCACGAUCGGACGAGGUGCUGACAUUAAAUACUGUCUGGUGGGAAGCGGCCAGCGCAUCGAGCCAGAGGCUGAAAGGACCAAUGAUGUCAUCGUUGGAUCAGAUCAGCUCAUGGAGAUCUAGAACCAAGGGGAAGACGGCUCAUGGGCAUGACAAGAUUGUCACCAAAGAAGCUUCCUCUUGGACACCUCAAUUUUUUUUUUUUUUUACUGAAUGUGUCCAAAUAAACAUGGAAUUAUUUAUCUCA